CAGAUAUUGGACAUUUUACUUCCCUGUUCAAAUUUCUUUCUGUCAGCAUGUUCAUGAUGUAAAGAGAAAGAAGUAAUGGCCUCAUCAGUCAAACAACUUUGUACAAUUUGCCAUGACGAUGGAAUCUCCAAUUCAGCAGUCAUCUGGUGCACAGAAUGCGAGGUUUUAUUUUGUGCAGACUGUGAAAAACCUCACAGCAAGUCACAUCUGUCUAAAAACCACAAAACCAUGUCAGCUGAUGAUUACCAAAAGUUACCUAAAUUCAUGCAAGAAAUAAGUAGCCAGUGUCAAGACCACAAGAAGAAGAUUGAACUUUACUGUUCUUUCCAUGCCUGUCCAUGCUGUGUUCAGUGUGUCACUGAUAAACACAAGAUGUGUCAAGAAAUGAAACCUUUGUCAGAUAUACUUCAGCAAGUCAAAUCAUCUGCCUCAGUGCAACUUUUUGAAAAAGAUUUAAAGAUUGUGAAGGAAAACAUAGAUACAGCCAUAAAGUAUCUGCAAACCAGGAUCACCACCACCGAUACUCAGAACACCAAAGCCAUUGAGAAAAUACGGUAUAUGAGGAAAUCGAUUGAUGAUUACUUAGACAAAUUAGAGCAAGACUUACUUAAUGAUUUAGAGUCUAAACAUUCACAGCUUAAAUCAAACAUGGCCAGUAUCAUACAACAAAUGGAACAGCGAGCCAGUCAGAUAAACCAAAUGCAGAGCCAGUUUUCCGAAACGACACAAUAUACUACAGAGCUACAAAGGUUUAUUGGUCUAAGAGAGAUUGAGAAAAUUACAUCACAAACGACAAAAUACAUAGAAGAUUUAGAAAGUGGAGACCAUUUCAUAGAAAAGAAUCUAGAGGUCAACCUUUCAUCUGCUCUACAAUCAAUUUUACAAGAUGUCAAUUCAUUUGGAAAUAUCAAUAUCAAUACCACCCUCUCUACUCUUAAAAUAAAGGCUGGAAGAAAAGAUCAAGCCCAGCACUUGGUUCCAAAAGUUCCUGGAGUGGAACAAAUAAAACUAUCUUUGUUGACAAGACUGACAAUUCCAAAAGAUAUAAAGUCUUUAAAUAUGAUUGCCUGUCUUAUAUUACCUGAUGGUAAAUUUAUGAUAAUUGAUAGGAACAAUUGCCAACUACUGUUGUUCAGUAAUGAUGGCAUUUUUAUCAGAAAAGUAGUAACAUUCUCAGAGAGUCCAUAUGAUGGUUGCCUUGUCAAGAAUAAUACAGUGGCUGUUACAUUAGGACGAGAGAAACAGACAGUACUGGUAGAUGUAAAUAGAAAUAAAAUUAUCCAAUCAAUUAAACUUUCUCACAACUGUUAUGGAGUAGCAAGUGAUGGUAAAACUUUGGUAAUCAGUGAUAGUGGCAGCCGGUGUACUACAGUGAAUCUGAGUGACAUGUCUCAUACAAUCUUAGUAGGAAUGAGAGGAGUGUUUCGUAUUUCAUUAUUCCAAGGAAAUAUCUAUGGUACCAAUGUCAGUGGAAAUGAAGUCUGCUGCUACAAAGUUACAGGAGAACCUCUGUGGACAUUUCAGCAUCAAGACAUUGCCAGCCCACGAGGACUUGCAUUAGACAAAAAUGGUUUUGUUUAUAUAGCUUCUUCUGGAAACAACAGUAUCGUAGUAGUAUCACCAGAUGGUAAGAUCUGUAAGACAAUACUAUCAGAGGCUGAUGGAAUCAAACAACCUUAUGCUAUAGACAUCAACAGAGAAACUGGAGUGAUGAUAGUGUCAAGUCAUAUAAGUGGUGAGAAAAAUGAGAAAUCAUAUCAGACAUGUUUUGUUUAUAAAGUUUGA